AUGAAGCGCCCUGCCGAUGCUGAGCCAGCUGAGGAGAACGGAGAGGCGCCACCGGUGAAGAAGUUCGCAGAUGAAGCGUCGACCGCUGCGUCCACACCAGAGAUGGGCCCGAGCACUUCUCCUGAGGCGCGGGACCACGCCCAUCACUCCGACCUAUGGCAGCUGCCUAUCAAGGAGUUGAAGGCGCGGCUGGAGUCCCAAGGCAGCAGCAUCACUGGUGUCACCGAAAAGACGGAGUUGAUCUUGAUGCUGGAACAGCUGAGCCCAGCGCCAGCCACGCAGAGCGUUCCGCCGUUUGAGCUCUGA